CUUUUGAUAUACCUUCCCCAAUAGACGGACAACAACAAAAAUUCACCUAACCCUUUUUUUUUUUGAAUUCAUAUAAAAAAAAAAGAGAAACAUGGUUAAUACAACUUCAGAAAUAAAGCCUCAGGAACAAAAUGUGGUGAAAGACAUUACCCCUAAAAAGAUCCCGGCACCUAUACCUAAUGUCAACGUUUGGCAGCUCAAAGCAACUACCACUACCACAACUACAACAUCAUCAACAACAACAACAACAACUUCCAACAUCGCUUCUUGGCCUGCACCUAAAGAAGCUAAAGUUAUUGAAGAAGUAGUCGAAGAAAAAUUAACCUCAUCCAGUAAAUUAGUUGGCAAAGGUCAAUGGAAACCUUACACUCCUACCAUUAUCCACUCAACUCCUACACCUUCUACCUCUUCCGGACGCAACGUCAACCGUACCACUAACAAUAGCAACAACAAUAAUAAUAAUCGUGUCAAUACCGCAAGAAAGGCUAAACCCUUGAUGAACACCAAGGAAGUCUCCUCACCCGUUGGAGACACACUUCCCUUGGAAUCCAAUACCGCUGCUCAACCUGCCCAAGUAUUACAACAGCGUAACACAACCGGUAACAGUGUCAGACGGGGUCGUGGUCCUCCACCCACCGGACGUCGUUUCAACCCUAGUCGACCCCAACAACAACAACAAGUGGAUUCUGAAACACUGAAAUUAUACGUACUUCAACAAAUUGAAUAUUAUUUCAGUAUCGAUAAUCUUUGUAAAGAUUUAUUCUUGCGUAGUCAAAUGGAUACAGAAGGUUAUGUUCCCUUGUCCUUAAUCACUGGAUUCAAUCGGGUCAAAGGAUUAACCACGGAUAUGACCUUGGUACAUGCCUCGCUAGAGCUUUCAACCAUCUUGGACUUUAACAAGGACCGUGAGAUUUUACGUAAGAGACAAGGUUGGGAAACAUGGGUCUUACCCGCUGCUGGUACCGUUGCUACUACCACCCCUCAUGCUGUUCAUAUCAUCCAAUCCGUCCCCGCCGGACCCACCACCGUGGUUGCCACUCCUCCUCCUGUUGUUGCUGAUGCUGCUGCUACUGCUGUUCCUGCUGCUACUGCUACUGCGGCUGCUGCUGCGGCUAAACCUAUGUCAGAGUCCGUUACGUCUACCACGAGUGAUGUGCCUGUCACUCGAUCUGUUCCUCUUCCUACCGUUACUACUACUACUACGACUGCUGCGGUCCCUACUUUAGCGUCUUUAGCCACCGCCAAGGUACCCACAUUACCCUGUCAAACCCCAAAAAUUCCAACUCCUACAGUCACAACCGAAGAAGAUGAUUUAUUUGAUUUCGAUGAUGAUUGGGUAGAUGGAAGUCGACCCAACACGGUCAAGAAAUACUACCUUUCCGACGAAGAAGAAGAGGACGAUGAUUUUGAAUUGGAUGACGAUACCGUUGCACGUAUCAUGAUUGUAACUCAACGUAAAAAAGACCGUUCCCAUCAAUCCUUUGAACGUAGCAAGAUGAAUGAUGAGAUCUCCGAUAUGAUUAAUGAGGGAUUAUAUCAGUAUGAAUCUGGAUUAGGUCAAAGACAACAACAGGCUCAAUCUAAAGUCGGUACCAUGGACUCGCAACAUUUCUCAGCAGCUCAGCAACAACAAUCGGGUAAACCUCAACAACAACAACAACAGCGUAAUAAACCCAUUAAGCAAAAGAAGGACGCACCUCGUUUCUAUCCCUUGGGCCCAGAGUCACUUCCCAACACGGCUGGACAUUUACGUUCAUCACCCAACAAUGCUUCUUUAUCUACCUCUACCAUCCCUCAAAAGAAGGAAGUGCAAGGUGAUGUAGGUUGGGUCUUGAGUGAUCAAGCCUAUCAUUAUAAUCCAAACGAUGUAUUAUCUACCAGUCUCGGUAAAUCACCUUUACCCAAUGAAGGAUUCCUUUCGAGUUCGGUGGAUACAAUGGCACACUCCUUUGGCAGCUUCCAACACCCAAGUCAUGAUUUAUUACGCGAUAAGGGAUUUGUACAACACAAGUAUCACAAAUAUCAUGCCAAGGCAUUAAGGGAGCGUAAGCAAUUGGGUGUGGGACAAUCACAAGAGAUGAACACCUUGUUUCGUUUCUGGUCGCAUUUCUUGCGUGAUCAUUGGAAUAAGCGCAUGUAUAAUGAGUUCAAGCGUUUGGCUGUAGAGGAUGCUAACCAUGAUUAUCGCUAUGGAUUGGAGUGCUUGUUCCGUUACUAUUCUUAUGGCCUUGAAAGACGCUUUAGACAAGAGAUCUUUGAGGACUUUGAGGCCUUGACCGUGCUUGAUUACGACCAUGGACAUUUGUAUGGCUUGGAAAAGUUCUGGGCCUAUAAUUUUUAUCGUAAGGAUAAAAAGAAGUUGGUCUUUACAGAUCGUAUGAAUGUCUUGCUGCGUCAGUUUAAGCAUAUCAAGGAAUUUACAAAUGCUAAAUCCCCUCAAAAGGUCGAAGGCGCUCAGUAUGUUGUCCCCAAUCACAGUAAGCCUAGACAUGGUAGUGUGAGUGGCCCCUCUGUAAAGCAUUAAUCAAUCGUGCACUUUCUCUCUGGACUUUACUUUUUUUUUUUUUUUUCCUUCAUAACUAUCAUUACCCUUUUUUUUUUGUUUCCUUCUUUUUUUUUUUUCUUCCACAUAAUUCACCUUGGCUUUGUAUUUACUUGUACCAACAUAUAAUAAAUAACAAAAAAAUAUAUAUAUCUAUAUUUA